AUGGACGGCUACGACCCUCUUUCGAUGCCUUACGGCAACAGUCCCAUGCCCUUCCCGGCAGGGAACAUGCAGAACCUCGACUACAUGAGCGUUCCGUCGGUCAUGGACCUGCAGGAUCAGUACUCCAAUUUUGACUCGGAGCCAUAUAUGAGCGAUGACAUGGGCUUUGCGCCGUCUCAGAGCCUACAGCCUCAAGCCAUGAUGAAGCAGCGCUUCUCUAGCUUCGAAGAUCCGUUCGCCGAAGGCACGAUCGCCCAGUUCGAGCAAAUGCCAGGCGAAGAAAGCUCCAGUAUCGAUCGCGACAGUAAAUACCUGAGCUUCUCAAUGCCACAAUACAAUUUCACACUUCUGGACGACUCAUUUAGAAGGUCGUCCGUCAAUAUCAAUGCUCAACUUCACGGCAUGUUCUUCCUCGCAGAGUCGCAAUGGCCCGCAACCGCCGACACGCCCCCACCGCCGCCGGAGCUCACUUGCUACAGACGAAAUCUAUUUCAGAUCACCGGCUCCGUCACACUUCCACGGAACCUGAGAUACGUUUUCACCGAUGACGGCUCACGGAUACCUAUAUACGAGCUAGAAUUGACCGUCUCCGCGACCGAGUCGGUGGAGGGGAACACCGUCAAAAUCAUCUCCGUCCCCUGGAAAACUCCUUCUGGCGGCGAAACCUCAAAACCCGAGGACAAAAUCGAGCGAGAGCCUCCCAGCGUCCAGCUUGAUAAGAUGUCGGGACAGGACCUUGAUACCGAUUUUACUACGUUCCCUAUCCAGUGGAAGCGACUACAGUUCCGCAUUGCGACUGCGAACAAUGGCCGACGGAAGGAGCUCCAGCAGCAUUUCACUUUGCACCUAAAGAUUCUGGCUUCUUUGUCGACUGGCGGUAAAAUUUCAAUAGCUGAAGCUCAUUCUGGUGCUAUCAUUGUUCGCGGGAGAAGUCCGCGCAACUUUGCCGCCCGCAAGGAUCUGCCUCUGAGCAGCAGUUCCACGGCAAGGAAGCACAUUGCAUCCGUCUCCCGAAAUUCGACCACCUCGGUCCCACAAGUCACUUCGGCGCCCAAGGCCAAGACUCCUCCCGAAGAGGGCCUGCAUAUGGUGCAAAAAUACGAAACUGAAUCGUCUGUUCCCGAGCCUCUCCCGACACCCACUUUCACCACUCCAAUGAAUCCUCCUGGUAUGCCAUCGUCGCUUAGUCCAGAAGGGCAGACGCCGGCCUACGCCUUUACUUUUACGGCGGGCAUGGGUUCGUCGGGGCCUGAAAGCCUUCAUUUCAGUAGUGAUGAUGAAGGUGGUAGCCCAUAUCCUCACCAGCCGCAAUCUCGACAAUCCUCAACCAAGCCCCCGACCUCCAACCCUUUGCCGUCACCGGACCUCAUGAACACUGGCAAACCCAGAGCUCAGACGCUCUCCGGGGUAAGUCCGACAAACGCCUUGGGAGAACUGCCGUCACAGCGACCUAGACUUCAAUCACAUCACACGUCUAUGACUGCAGUUCCUUCUUCAGUUUCGUCGUCUCAUGCACACAGGCCGGAUCUUUUACACCGCAAAUCUGGUCCGAUGCUUAGCCCUGGCGGCGAGAGCGCUGACCAACUUUACGAAUAUUUUCCUCUACCUCUUGAAGACUGGCAGCCUCCUGUAGAUGCCGUUUUCCGACCCCAUGUGGUUCACCACGAACUCCCGUUCCCUCCAGACCCCAGGUCGCCCAUGGUCGGCCGAGGCAGCACGAGCAAGCGGUACUUCUCGGAAGUCGCAUAG